CAGGAGGGCAGGGCGCGGGGUUAGGGGAGCUGUGGGGACGGGCGGGGCGGCCCUCGAGGCGGCGAGAGAUCUGCCAGAUCUACAGCUGUGCCGGGCGCUGCAGACCUCCUGGAGCCGGUCUGUCACCGAGGUUGACGGGAAGAACACAGUGACAGCGAGGAUGACCACAGAUUCCCAAGACGCUGAGCGGAGCCGCAGCCGCGCCUGCGCCCGGCUGCUGCUGGGCAGGACGAAGAGACCGCGCACGACACAACUCAGUACGGGCAUGCGCGGGACCUCAAUAAAGGCUGUGACCCCGAAACCCGAGUGUCUGCUUUGGGGACCCUGGGACCUGCAGCGGGGAGGGAGCAUCACGGGACACCGAGACUUCCGCUUCGGGCUCCGCCCCCGCUGCCCAUUGGCCGUUUAUCGGGACUAGAGUUCGGGGGAGGGGCUACCUCAGCUUCCGCCGGAAGAUGGGGCCGUGCGUGCUGCCGCCACCGCUGCUGCUGCUGCUACUGCCACUGCCUGCCCUGCUGCGCACCGCCCACGGCCCGGCGCUUGCCACAUCGCCCGCGGCCACCAACGACAGCCUGCCGGACCCGCCGCACAACGGCACGUACGCGGGGCUUCCGGGAUCACAGAGCUCGGCGGUAGCGCUGCGCUCCUUCCUCGUGUUCCUCGGCCUGGGCGGCUUGGCGGCUAUCUACUUCCGCAUCCGGGCAUGCAGGCUGAAGAAACCACAGCGCAGGAAGUACGGUCUGCUGACUAAUUCGGAGGACCCCACUGAGAUGGCCUCGCUAGACAGCGACGAGGAGACCGUGUUUGAGACAAGGAAUUUGAGAUGGGCCUGGUUUCCAGUACCACAAAACAAAAACACACAGGAACCAGCUGCAAUUGUGCAUACCUUUAGUCCCAGCACUCAGGAGACUACGUAGUGAAUUCCUGGUUCCAGAUUAAAGGGCUGCAGAACAUACGGGACCAUACACUCUGGCUUUGAUGUUGACCUAGCAAGUACAUCACAGUUCCUUGGGCGCCUAUGCAGCUCCUGUGCAGCCAUCUCGUCUGGACCACGUCACCUUGCUUCCCCAGACUAGCCUGGCCUGGCCAAGGGAGCAGCCACCCUUCAGACUUUGAGGCCAGCAGGCUGGACUGCCAUGUACCACUGUGUGGUCCUGCCCCCAUGUGGACGUGGCAGCUCUGUGAGCUGCCUGGCCUGUAGGUGCACUGAGCAGGCUCUAGGGGCACCUUGCCUCUGGACUGGGGACAAUAAAUGAGGCAGUGGCUUUGUA